AACCAGCCUCGAACCCAACCCUUGACAGAAUGAUGACGCAUUGGUCACCUGGGUCCUGGCUGUGAUGACACGAUUCCUGUAGUUCUGGAUUCUACUGAACAAGAUGGCGGCCUGCUCAGUUACAGUUCCACGUAAUUUUCGCUUGUUGGAAGAGCUUGAAGAGGGACAGAAAGGAGGAGGUGAUGGUACGGUCAGCUGGGGCCUUGAAGAUGAUGAGGACAUGACGCUUUCAAAAUGGACAGGCAUGAUCAUUGGACCCCCACGGACCGCUUACGAAAACAGAAUAUACAGCCUGAAAAUAGAGUGCGGAUCUAGAUAUCCAAACAGUCCACCAACUGUUAGAUUUGUAACGAAAAUUAGUAUGAAUGGAGUAAAUAAUUCUAAUGGGAUGGUGGAGUCACGUAGCAUACCAGUUCUAAACAAAUGGCAGAGUAAUUUUAGCAUUAAAAUGGUUCUUGAUGAGCUUAGGCGGCUAAUGUCGAGCAAAGAUAAUGUGAAACUUUGUCAACCACCAGAAGGACAGACCUUCAAUUAAUUCUACAUAGAUUCUUCUGACCCUCUGUCUUAAAAAUUACUCUCUUAAAAAAAUUAUUGUAAAUUUUCACAAUGCUCACCACCCACACAAUUAAUUUCCUGUGCAGGUGCAGGAUUGGGACAUUUGUUAGUCAAAGUGUUCAAAAUAUAAUGACUAGAACUGCACAGUUAUUUUUUUUCUAUUGGAGGCACUGGCAUCAUGAGCUUGAAGAAUGUGAUAUCUUUAAAGUUGGAUUAUUGCUCAGAGGGAAGCAUGAUGAUACAAAAGGUCAGGUUAUUGCAGAGCUAUACAUGUUAUGUUAAGAUGAUUGGUCUGAAUAAGAAACACAAAUAGGAUGUGUAUAUAAUGGCAUGCUUUAAAAUGACAUCUUAAUUAAAAAACAGCUGCAAAUUAAGUUGUAUGUUAGUGAAAUCUAGCGGGUACACUGAAAUAUGUUUCCAAUUUUGUUAAUGAAUAUUAGUGUGGCUGUAGACUACUAGUUGUGUCACAGGAGUGUGCAGGAUUGUUUUUGAUGUCUGUAUUUGACACAAUACCAACUGAUUUCUGUGAAGACGCUCUGUAUGACGUAACGGAUAUUGCAGACAUUUAAGUCUUUGUUCUAAAAAUAACUUGCAUUGAACUUUUAGUGAAAAUAAAAGUAAGACAAUAGGUGUAUGGAAAUGUGAUUUUCUGAGAUUAAAUCCAGUCUCUGAGAUUAAAGUAUUGAUUUCCUGUUUUCUACCAAAUGUAGAUGAAGGUACACUCUCCAAGAACAUAACAAUUAUGGUAUUAUCUUUUAUUACUUUGCAUGAAGGGAUAGAACUGAGUCUAAAAGGGAAAAUAUUUAGGCAAGGUUUUCACUUAAGUUGGGACUGGCUGACUGAUUUAGUGCUGCCUAGGGAGGAAAGCUGACACUUGGGUGAGUGACUACUUUUGUCCCUAUUGGGCAUCAGCAUUUGCAAUUCUGGAAAUAAGUUUUCAGUCCCCUAGAUGGUUCUACCAUCCAUUAGCUUUACCAUUAGUCUUAGGAAGUUUAGUUUUUGGAUUCCAUUUAUGAAAUGAUUCCUGUAGAACCAGGCCUUUAUUAAAAACACAAUUGCCAAGCAUCUGCAUAAAAUUGUAUUGGUAUGGAUUUCUUUUUGUAAUAGAUGAGGAAUAAGUCUUGCGAUUCGGAAAUUAAAACUGUAUGACUGUCACUUGUAAGACAAAUGUCUCCCCUGAAAUAACUAAUAAUUUAAAUUUGUUCAAAAGUAUCUGCAGUAUGAUCAGUGGGUGUUUCCUUGAUUGAUUUAAUGUCAUUUUUCAUAAUUGCCUAAAAUGUCUAUCUGAAAGUUGUAGGCUUGCAACUUUUACCAUGUACGUGUUUCCCUGUAUCUGUAGUAUUGAAGCCAUUCACGUGCCAAGUCUUUGGCAUUAUGGGCACAGAUGAAACCUGAGUUUAGGUAUUGUGAAGAACAGAUCUAGACAAGUAUCUCACUGAUUGGAAUGCAUGAUUAGCAAACCUUAACUGCUGUGUACAAGAUGGUGCUCAAUUCAGUAGUUUCAUUGGUCACCUGUCAUUCAUUUUAUCCUUCUGAAUGGGGAGACUUUGUCACACUGUCAAUUUUGUUUGCGGGUUUUUGUGUGUGUUUUAAAUAUUAUUUUAGCUUUUACAUGCUGGGCUUUUAUUUUUUCCUUAAACUUUGUGUUUUUAUUUUAUUUUUCUCCUGAGCGGUGUAUCACAAUCUUGAAAUUGGGGCCACUCAAAUAUUCAAAUAAACUGUUGACAUGGUUUUCCCUACUGAUAAUGGGGCUCAAAAUAA